UAUGCAAAUGAAAAGGGUUUAAAUCUCAGCGCGAGAGACUUCACUCUCUCAUCUCAGAUACACUACAAUGGAGACCCAAUCUGGCGGCAAAGAAGAGACGGCCAUCAAAGCAAUGCGCCUAGAGCUCGAAACCCGAAUGGAGUCCCAACGCGCCACCCAGCUCGAACUCCUCUCUUAUCUCCAAUCCGAAAUCGACCCCGCCAUCGUCCCCGCCAUCGAUCUCUCCCUCAAGGUCCUCUCUUCCUUCAACAACCGCGCCUUCACUCCCACCCCUCCUCUGCCCGACCCGAAGCCCAACCCCAGAAAGCCCAUCGAGCCCGCCCGCCCUCCCUCCCCACAACAACAACAACCCCUCCUCCCUUCGCCCGCCUCCUCCUCCCCCGAAAGCCCCACCCGAGAAUCCACCCCCGUCGUCAUGGACGACAGCGGCAACCACCCGCUUUCGGUUAUCCGGGCCAUGAUUGCCGUUCGGUUUCUUGAGAGAGUGCCGUUUAUGCUGGUCGAGUCCUCGGAGCUGCUGAAGCAGCUCGAGACCGACGCCAAGGCCUCGCCGGAGGAGAAGCUCGCGCUGCGGGAGGUCGGAGGAGAGAACGGGGGGAUUCUGGCCGUGGAGAUGGCGCUCCGGUCGAUGGCCGAGGAGAACGGCGGCGUUAUCCUGGAGGAGUACGCGGUCAACGGAAAGUCUAGGGUUACGGUCAGGGAUAUUGACCGGACUAGGCUGAUGAAGGAGUUGCCGGAGAGCAAGCAAGAUUCCAUUGUGGAUGGGAAUUUCAAUCAGGGUAGUGGCAUGGACGGUGGGAAUAACAAUGGAGGAGGGUUUGUGGGGAGAGGUGGGCCCUGGGUGGUUGGCCCUGAGCCCUACAUGAGCGGCUUGCCGCCAUUGUUUCCGGGGAUAGGUCCCAGAGGAGGGAGAGGGAUGAUAGGAAUGCCGCCGAGAGGGAUGAUUGGCUCUCCAAUGCAUAGGCCUAAUAUGGGGCAGAAUGGUGGAAUGGUGGUCAGUCCCAAUGGAAUGCCCAAUAAGAGCAUGAAGAGUGAAGAGGAAGAGAUGAAGGAUCUUGAGGCUUUGCUCAGUAAGAAGACUUAUAGGGAGUUGCAGAAGUCGAAAACUGGGGAGGAGCUUUUGGACCUCAUUCACAGGCCAACUGCAAAGGAGACUGCUGUGGCAAACAAGUUCAAAACUAAAGGUGGUUCACAAUUGAAGGAAUACUGCACCUCCCUAACGAAAGAGGACUGCCGACGUCAAUCUAAUUCCUUGCUCGCUUGUGAGAAGGUUCAUUUUAGGCGCAUAAUUGCUCUACAUACUGAUGUCAACUUGGGAGACUGUUCUUUUCUAGAUACUUGCCGCCACAUGAAGACAUGCAAGUAUGUACAUUAUGAGCUUGAUUCAACACCAGAUGUGUCAAACAUGUUGGCUCCCCCUAAACCACUAAAGCAGCGUGCUGAAUAUUGUUCUGAGGUAGAACUUGGUCAACCACAGUGGAUUAACUGUGAUAUCCGCAAUUUUAGAAUGGAUAUAUUGGGACAGUUCGGAGUCAUAAUGGCUGAUCCGCCAUGGGACAUUCAUAUGGAAUUGCCUUAUGGGACUAUGGCUGAUGAUGAAAUGCGCACUCUUAAUGUUCCUGCAUUGCAGACUGAUGGUCUGAUUUUCCUUUGGGUCACUGGACGUGCGAUGGAGCUUGGACGUGAAUGUUUAGAACUUUGGGGAUACAAGCGUAUUGAGGAGAUGAUUUGGGUGAAAACUAAUCAACUGCAACGAAUAAUUAGAACUGGGCGCACCGGCCACUGGCUAAAUCAUAGCAAGGAGCAUUGCCUCGUUGGAAUAAAAGGAGAUCCAUUAGUAAAUAGGAAUAUUGAUACUGAUGUCAUUGUUGCUGAGGUCAGAGAGACAAGUCGUAAGCCAGACGAGAUGUACCCUUUGCUGGAGAGGAUUAGUCCAAGGACAAGAAAGCUGGAACUAUUUGCACGCAUGCACAACACUCAUGCAGGGUGGAUGUCACUCGGUAAUCAACUGAGUGGUGUACGAUUGGUUGAUGAAGGCUUGCGGGCACGGUUCAAGGCUGCCUACCCAGAGGUGGAGGUGCAGCCAGCUUCCCCACCCAGAGCUUCUGCCAUGGAAGUGGAUUCAAAUGCUGCCCAAACGAGAAGUCCAUUUUCCGAAGCAAAGCCCACAGCUGCACAACUAGCAGAGGUUGCUGCUCCACAACAAGCAGAGCCUGCAGGGCCAGAUGCGCCUGCUUCUGAGGGUAAGCCAACGUCUACCACCGAUGUUGACAUGGCCGGCUGAGUAAACUAUUAAAUCCAUCCAAAUUACUCCGAUUUUGACAGGAAGACUUCCUCCCAAGCUUGUCUAGUUUAGGACUGUAGUUUAAUGAGCUAGUAAGGGAUCGAUCUUUGUCAAUUUUGUCAAGGCCUUGAUAGGCGGUGUAUCUCCAUGUGAUACAGCUUGUAAUAUCUUAAUCAUAUUAAUGAUAGAUCGAUUUCCUAGUUA